AGUACUUAGAGAAUAAAAAGAAAAAGAUGUCUAGAGGACUUAAAGGGAAAUCCCUUCCAUACAUAGACAGUGAUCCCGAUUAUGAACUAUCGAAAGCUAAGAAACAGCGAACCAAUAAACCGAAUAAACCAAACAUGGAUUAUGCUAUCAUAGAAAAUCCACAAAAUGAUGAUGAACAUUUUGACAAUAUUUAUCGCACAAGUACAAUCGUUGGCGGUAAAUAUCCACAUCUUAUGAACACCAAUAAAGAAAUAGCACUAGAAAAUACCAAAAUCAACGACGCCGGCUUACCAAAAUUUUGCAUACCUUAUGAACAACCCAAAUUUAAACUGCCAUAUAAUCCAGUAGUAGCACUGAGAGAAAAAUACAAAAUAAAUCCAAAUGUUAAAAUCACGCAAACUAAAUUUGAAGACCCGAAAAAGUCUAACGAACUGCCUUUAAAUUGUACUGUUUUACAAAAUGAUGCCAUUAAUUUAUCGGCAGGGAAAAGUGCUAAUGAAAAUUUAAGUGUUAACGCACUUAAUUUAACAAAAACCAAAGAUGCUGAAACCAUCACCGAUGACAAUAUUAUUGUAAAUGAUGAAGAGAAAAACUUUAUCGCAUCUCUAAGGGCCAGCAAUAUAACGAUAUCAAGUUUAUCUUCGUUAUUGGCCAACAAAGAUAGUGAUGUCAAUAAUAACUCUAAAAUUCAAAGAAACUAUGAAGAUACUUCAGAAACUAUUGAUUUACUGGACGAUGAUUAUGACGGCGGUACACCUAACAUUGAUCCUAAUGUAUUGAAAAUCUUAGAAGAUCAGAGCGAAGCAAACAAAAGCUUUAUCGGGCUUUUGCUGAAAAUUUUAACAAAGGGUCACAUUAUAGUAGCGAACGAAGUAGAGAGUAUGCCGACAGAAAUCAUUCUGGAAAAACUUAAUUUAGCAGGAGUCGAUGUACUGAAACUUAUAGAGCUAUUAAAAGUAUGCCUCCAGGAGUAUUUGGAGUCAAAAAAUAAAACCCGUCAGCAGCCGCUUGUUGCAAAUAAAUCAACAGAGACUGUUCCAAAUAUUGAAAUAAGAACAAUUCUAAACCCCCCUACUUUCCAACUUACGACAUCAGUAAACGAUGGUGGCUAUUCAUCUUCUGUUAGUACGCAGACAAACGAACCUGCUCUACAAGUUCAGCUCAAGAGCGUCUCCCAGCCGCACUGUCCUUCACAAGACGUGCAUUCAAUAAUUUGUCGACCUAACCAACAAUAUAAUUAUUCGCAGCAAACAAAUCAAAACACCAAUACCGUACAACAACCAUCUCAGAUCGUUGCACCACGUCAGACUCCUUUCGCAAUGCCACAUAUCCAGGCAGUCAUGCCGCAGAAAAAUUUUGCAAGUGCGAUUACUAAUUUCCCCGCUAUUCCUGCACAAAAUAUUCAAAUUAAUUCAUCGCAACCACUUCCGCAAAACCAAAACAAUUUCCAGCUACCGCAGAAUCAAACUGAAUCGGUUAAUAGGCCAUAUUACAACACGCAGGGUUCAAUGGAUUACUCUUACCAGAAUUCCCAACAGAAACAAGGCUCCGGUAGAAGAAGUUCACAAGAAGUUUAUAACUCCAACAAUAACAAUUCUUCUCUCCGAUAUGGUGGCCAUGGUCGCCCUCGUCAAAGCUUCAAUCCGUGCAAUAACGCAAUGCCUCACAUUGGUAAUUACUCCGACCGUUAUAAUCAAUACAAUAAUGUUACGGCGGUGACAGAAUCAUCGUAUUCACACAUGAUAAGACACCAAAACUCAGUCGAUCCGAGGUUUAAUUCGUCACAAAAUGCAAUGGGUUUCUAUAAUCAGAUGGAUAAUUAUGCUUGCAAUAAUACAAGCAAUGUACAAUAGUUUGAGUUUCCAUAAAAUAUAUUUGAGUUAGAGGAGAGAGCAGAUAAUGUGUGGUUGUUGUUGGUGCUCACGUGAACCCUGAUUAGGAUCAUUGCAACCUUUGGCUUGCCUUCAUUGGCCGUCCAAAAAUGUACGUGUAAAUAACAGAUUGAGAGGCAAAAAUCUGGCACUAAUUCUAUAACCUGUAUUUAACUUUUUCGUUUUUACAUAUAGUGUCGUGACGCUUUGUAACUAAUUAUGACGUCACUCUACUAAGUUGUCAGUGUUGAGUAUUGUAAUGUUACUCGAAUGUUAACGUCUAGUAGAAAUGAGCAAAUUCUGAUAUUCUAAUAAAAAACGUGUUAUUGUAU